GCCCUCCGCCGCUGUACCAAGCUCCGCAUCGCCGAACAUCCUCCCCUCAAAUUUAGGAAAGCGUGGGUCUAGGGGCCAUACUGGAAACUUGCAAAAAUAUAGGGGUGCUCGAGUAGCCCAGGGUUCCCUUCCUGUGCUACAAUCCUAUCCGCCUCGCCUCUCUGACGACCGCCGCCUCCUCAAUUCGUUGCCGCUACAACGCCGGCGCCCUAACCGCAGGCGACGGGACGGAGCGAGUUUGGCCUCCCGUCCGCCCAAGUCUUUUCCCUCGUCGAGAGGCGCUGCCUCCCCAUCUUCCCCGCUCUUGACUGGUACUGGACUUGCCUGGAGUGGAGAUCCAUCCAUCCGGCCCGGGAUCGAUUUCUUGUUUUCUAGGUGGGCAUGCGUUUUCAAUAUGUCUAGCUCUAAUCAGAUGGGUUCUGAUGGCAAGUUUGGGAGAGGUCCUCGGGAGCUUAGUGGUGCUGUUGACUUAAUUAGCCGCUACAAGUUGCUGAACCAUCAUAGUUUCUUUUGCAAGAAACCUUUGCCAUUGGCAAUUUCAGAUACAAAUUAUCUUAACAAUGUUGUGGGCGACACAGAAAUCCGUAAAGGAGAAGGGAUGGAGUUGGACCAACUCUUCCAAAACUCAUACCCAAAUGAGAAGACUGCUUACAUUCAGCCCUUCGACAUGGAAACACUAGGACAAGCAUUUCAGCUGCGAGAAACUGCACCAGUAGAUUUGCCUUCUGCUGAAAAAGGUACACCAACCAUAUCUGGGAAACCAAAGAUCAAGUCCAAGGACAAAGUUAAGAAGCAUAAGAAACACAAGGAGAAAGACAGAGAUAAGGAGAAGGAGCAGAAGAAACAUAAACAUCGGCAUAAGGAUCGGAGUAAAGAUAAGGACAAAGACAAAGAAAAGAAAAAGGACAAGAGUGGGAAUCAUGAAUCGGGAGGUGACCAUUCCAAGAAACACGAGAAGAAGAGGAAGCAAGAAGUAACUGGAAGUUCGGCAAGUGUCCAAAAUCACAAGAAAAGUACUAUACCAUAUAAUUUAAUCAAUAUUUCAUAAUUGUCAUAGCUUAUUUCCUAAUAUUACAUUUUUUUGUCGUUGUAACAUUCCUUGGUUUAUGACAGCACAAAAGCACAAAAAUCAGUGAAAUAUGCGAUGGACUUCGUUAAUUGCCCGCCAUGCAUGUUUCUUUGUUAGUUCAACUCCAUUUAUGCUGUUAAUGAGUGGCUCUGAAGUCUUUCUUUUCAAUAUCAGUUUCAGCAGAGUUACAACGGAUGGGGAAAAAAUCGUUGCUAUGCUGCUCCAGAGGAAACAGGAUAUCCAUUAUGAUGGAAAUGGAAUAUGAUAUGUAUAUUGUUCCUUGGUGAGCUUGAACUUGGCAAUAUGGAGUUGUAAAUUAUUUUCUUAUGGAGUUGUAAAAAAUUUUCUCGUCAUCUCAGCUCAUGUCCAUUAGCGAUUCUUGAGCACUGCCAUGUAUGAUCCCUGUAAUUCAGACAACAGCAGAGCCAAUGCGGGGGUCUGGAAAUCAUGCCAGUGUUGUGACUGUAUGUAACAGAGAAGGCAGUGGAUAGAUAUGCAUGAUCCUGAAAAAUUUGUUACAAACCACCGUGCAUGGGUCACACUAAAUCGAGUAAUAUGCCGGUACUUGUUCUGGGUGAGCAAUGCAGUAUUAUUCUAGCUGCUCUA